GCUAUCGUUAUCGACAAUCUUGUUUUAUAAGUAGUUUAUUAUUUUCUGGAUUAAUUUUGAAUACUAAACUAAUUCCGAAUGCUGAGAAACUUACUGCGCAGCUUCGAGACGGCGCUCAAGCUGCAUGCAACCAUAAACACAAACUGCAGCCGUCGCCUGCUCUUCUCGCAGUACGAAAACCCCGGAAGUCCACGGAAAUCCCUGCUGACCAGCGCCACAUUUGGUGGCAACGAGGCGGACAACGACUAUGUGCCCUAUCGCCAGGAUCAGGAGACGGGCACCAAGGCGCGGGUGCUGCUCGAAACGUUGCGGGAGCGGUUUCGCUUCACGGACGAGGAGCUGCAGAGGAUCAUCAGCGAUGAGCUGGUGCAUCGCACUUACCGAGGAAGAUCUCUCGCCCUGACCCUGGACACACUGCAGCUGGAGGGCGUGAGCCGGCGCAGCUUCGUGGAGUAUCCCUGGCUGCUGUCCCUGGAUAACAAGCGCCUGGAACUGAAACUCCAGCUUAUCAAGUCCAUGGACAUGAAGGACAUCAAUCACUUUGUGCCCUUCCUGCGCCUCACUGUGCCACGCCUCCGCAAGCUGGUCAGCGCCCUCAAUUCGGAGCGCGGCUCGAUGCCGCAGCUGAAUCGCGUCUACUACAUCAGCGAAAAGCUGCAGGUCAGCCCCGAUCUCGUGACCAAGUACCUGUGCAAGCGGCUCUUCAUCCUGGAGAUGCCCUACGAGAUGUUCGAGAAGAACCUGCAGCACAUGAUCGACUACAAUGUGUCGCCCAUUAACGUUCUCAAGGAUCUGUGGGCCUUUCGCUAUACACCAAAGUCGGUUCAACUGCGUUUGGAGCGCGCCAAGCGAGCCAAAAAGGAUAAGAUUAUGCCCUGGAUGGUGCGCUGUCCGGAGCCCAUACUGCAGCGCUCCCUGAAGCUUUCUUUGGACGAACUAAAGGUCUUGGGGGAGUUCUCCUCGGUGGUGGAGUACCUGGCCCAUCGUUUGGGAUUUAGUGCUGGUGAGGCCAAAGUAAUAAUGGACAAACAUCCGCAGGUGCACACGGUGCGGGUGACCAAGAUAAAGGAGGUGCUGGACUACCUACUCGAUGAUGCCCAAUUUAGCAGAUUUGAGAUCGCCCAAGUGCCUCGAAUCCUGUGCCAUAGCUUGAAGACUACAAAGGAGCGCAUGGAAGAGCUGAAAUCCCAUGGCUGCAGACCUUCCUCCCUCGUAAUCCUUUGUCGCAGCCGAAGGGAGUACGAGAAGUUUUUGCAGCACUGGAUAAGUCAGAAAAGAGAUCCCCAAACUGUCUCAGAACAAUAACAAUAGAGGUUGUAAUUUUUGUUAACACAAAAUCUUUAUAUUCUUGAUUAAUUUCCGACUCUUUGGUCACAUUUAUUGCAGACAGCAACGGUUUACACAUUGAAAUACUUUCUUAGGACAUAGAUAAUUAAUUAAAACAUUUGUAAUUGAUUUAAA